CCGGCGGGCUCAACCGUCGCAACGGGAGCGGCGGCAGCUUUCGAGCCGUCGACGCCACCCAUUUCCAACGCCCACCAGCGGACCGGGGAGUAGUGGGACGACGUCAGUUGUGACGGCGACGGAGCUCCCCACCUUCAAUGCCAGGCAUUUCCUCCGGAUUGGUGGCCCGGCCUCGCUUUUCCCACCACUAUAAAAUUCUGGCCGCGACGGAGAAAGGAUCAAAGAAUUGGCAGCGAUUGGGAAACGAGGCGCAACCGGCAGAGAUCGGCCGUCGCAGGGCACGACUUGACCAAGGGGAAGCCAAGAACCGGCCUUGGCUGGGUUGGGAGGGGAUUGUGCACCGGCGGCGCGGCCAUGUCGUCGUCGUGGAACUCGGUGGGGCUGGAGGUGCUGUACCAGGUGCUGGGCUGGGUCGCCUUCUUCGCCUGGUCCUUCAGCUUCUACCCGCAGGUCCUCCUUAACUACAAGCGCAAGAGUGUUGUGGGUCUGAAUUUUGAUUUUCUGGUGUUGAACUUGACAAAGCACUCGUCUUACCUCAUAUACAAUGCGGCUAUGUUCUUCAGCCCGUUCAUCCAGAGACAGUACCAUGACAAAUAUAGUGAUAAAGAGAUGAUUCCUGUUGCUGCAAAUGAUGUUGCUUUUUCACUACAUGCGGUUGCAUUGACAUCCUUCACCGUUUUCCAAGUAUUUAUAUAUGAGCGAGGAAUCCAGAAAGUUUCCAAAGUUUGCAUAUCAAUUACUGCUGUUGUCUGGACUGCUGCUAUUGUUUGCCUCAUUAUUGCUUGGCCAAAAAGUGACUGGCUUUGGCUUAUUGACGUGUUCAAUUCUAUACAAGUUGGUAUGACAGCAAUCAAGUACAUUCCUCAGGCCAUCAUGAACUUCAGGCGGAAGAGCACAAUUGGUUGGAGCAUUGGCAACAUUUUACUUGACCUCACGGGAGGGGUGCUGAAUUUUGGUCAGAUGGGUGUGCAAUCUAUAGAUCAACAUACGCUGGUAAAUUUCUACGGAAAUAUUGGGAAAACCCUGCUUUCAUUGGAGACGGUUUUCUUCGAUGUUCUAUUCAUAAUUCAGCACUAUGUGCUGUACCCUGCCAAAAAGGAUGAGAAUGCAGACGAUUUCCCUGUGCUUCCUAUCGUUGUAAAACAUGCUGCGGCCCAAUAGAAGCGCCAAAUGGAGGAGAUGGACCUUUCUUGGGCCGAAAGGAGACUAUGGUGGCCAUGUAAUUUGCUAUUAAAUCAGUGGCGAUGAGAUGUGCAAAGUGUACGAAGGAUCCUCUCAUAGAAAGAAGACAUUUGUUUUCAAGAAGAAAAAUAAAAAGGAAGAAGAUGUCCCAAGAUAUGCCACUGAAAAUCAAGGGAUGUACAGUUAUGAAGCGGUAGAUCGUGGAUAUAUGCCACGGAAGAAAGAAUGACGAGAAAAAUUAAGUGCUGUAGAGUCUUUUCGACGUGUACUUAUAGUAGGCGUGUGUAUGUAAAGAAAACAUACUACUCCCUCCGUCCCAAACAUACUACUCCCUACUUAUUAGUGGGUAUUUGGUUUGAGAAAUGGAGUUAUGGCUCAUCUUCUCACUCCUCA